AUGAGGGAUCUAUUCAAAUUAACACUGUUGGUGAUUGCCACUGCCGCUAUUGUCUCCACUGAUGCAAGAUCUCCCCGUAUAAAAAAACGGCAAACUACUUGUGUCAACACCCUCACGGGAACUGGCGCCAUUGAUACUUUUUGUGCAAACUUCCAGCUGGCUUGUCAGUUCACUGUAUGCUUUACCGCCGGGUCCUUUGUCGUUGAAAGCAACAAUUGUGCUGCAGACCCCAAUGCUGCUCUAGGAGUCGACAUUGCCUGUGUUUGUAACAACCAGAACGUCACUGAUGCUGCUCUGCAAAGCGCAUUGACAGCCAACGGUAUUACUAUAUGUGCCGCUGGUACACCAUCCCCAGCUGCCAUCAGUCCGGAUCCAAGUGUGGCCGCCUCUCCAGACGUAAUGGUCUCGCCAACAAUCAUGAUUUCUCCAACAAUCAUGGUCUCACCCACAAUCAUGGCCUCGGCUGGCAUCUUGGUCUCACCAUCUCCCAUGGAAUCUGCAGCUGUAGUGACCGUCUCGCCCACCGUUGCUGUCCUAGCUUCUAGCGGCCCAUCAAUGACUUCAAUCAUGCCCGCUGUUACAUCUCCUGUCGUAAUCAUGAUAUCACCUGUUGUAACCGCAACACCGGUCCCGUCUUCAGAAGUCAUGCCUUCUCCUUCUACUAUGUGGGAAUGUAUGCCAACCCCAACAGCUACUCCAAUUUGUGUGCCAAUCACUACCUACACAACAACAAUCAUCUAUAUUCCUGAAAGUCUUUUAGGUACUCCAACAGCAACCCCAACAGCAACACCUACUGCAACUGCCGUAUACAGUGUGAUGAUGAGCCCAGCCCCAUCUGCUGAUCCUAGUGCAACCACGAUGGCAGCAACAGUCGAACCAUCUGCAACAGUUGCAUUUUCAAUGACCCCCGUCUCAAGUCCCCAAAUGACUGCAACUACCGAAUCUAUGGCUGAAGCCGCAAGUAGCCCUACUGUAGUCGCAUCUGCAGACAAUGUAGUAAUGUCAUCACCCGCUGCACCAACAAGUCCAGCAAUGGACAUUGUCCCAACAAGUUCAGCAAUCGACAUGGUACCAUCAAUGACUGUAAUGCCACCCGCCCAGACAGCAUCAAGUCCAGCAGCCACAACAACGGAUUUUUGCAGUGAGGCGUCUUCAUCCUCGUGGAGUGCUAAUUGCGUCUCGCAAUCAGCGGUGAUGACGUCUCUUGAACAAGUACCAAGCUCCACGCCCUCCUCUGACAUGCUGUCAUCUGCUGCACCAGCGCAAGAAUCAGGAAUUCAAGAAUCUCCAAAUACUGAUGGACUGGCUUCUCCCACUCCAGCAAUGACUACAAUCCCGGUACUCUCUCCUACUAUCGACUCAACAACCGCCACCCCAACGGAAAACGCUGGUGCUGCGCUACCAACGGCAGUUACACCUACAAGUGGAAAUAGCCAAAUGCCGGCUCCAAGCCCUCAAACAUCGCCAGUUGACAUCCUAAGUGGUUGCGGUAUAUUACCUAUGGAUCCAAACCCUACUUCGUUGACUGUUAAUUUACUCGGUGGUAUAGAAGGCAUGAAUGGAACAGGAACCGUCACGCUUGUAAACAGUACCUUGCUGGAUAUUCACCCUGAUGUCAAACGUGUAAAUGGUGGUAGCUACUGGACUAGUGAAUUCAAGGCUGGUGGAUUGUGUGCUGAUCUCAGCAAUUACACCUACAUCACAUUCACAUACAAGACCACAGCCAACAAACCCUGGCCCUUCCGUAUUGGUCUCACCUUCAACGCCAACGACACCACCUGCUCAUCACAAUCACCAAACGAAACAGUCACCGUAGCAGCUGCCAAAUACUCGACCUCAAACUCGUCCACCGGCUCAGUGACAGUCAACAUCCCCAUCCACAAAAUAAUACCAAAAAGCAAGUCAAGUCUGCUAUCUCGUGCAAGAGGAAUUAUUAUUACAAGAUUCAACCCACAAGUCAAGACCGAUUUCCUGAUCUCUGGUCUGGGGCUCGCAAGUUGUGGUGCUGCUGUUACUAAUAGUACGUUUGGAUGUGCACCGAAUAUUCUGGAUGGAAGUCCAUGUGAUCCUGCGAUUCUGGCUUCGACGUGCUCGGGUGCUAAUUUUGUGACAUGUACUCAAGUUGGAACACUGGCUGAUGGCACUAUUCAAUACGCAUGGUCUACCCAAAUGUGUGCAGCAGGGUCUACGUGCCGUAUACUCGACACAUCAGGAGCAUUCGUCUGUGACACCAACGGUCCUUGCUCCAAGUCAAGCAUGGUGUCCUUGCCAUAA